AUGUCCCCCAUUGCUCCUGUUGGUAGGGACGUGAGCUAUCCAAUAGGAAUAGCCGACACAAACGUUAAAGGCAAUCGUCAACAAGACAUAGAAGAGGAAGAACCCACCAAGUCCACACCCCCUACCCCAGAGUCAAAGAUCAACCCUAAUGUGUACUUUGCAGAACCAUUCUCCAACCCAGCAAAUUAUAAAAAACGAUGGAUUGUUUCUCAGGCAAAGAAAGACGGUGUUGAUGAAGCCAUUGCCAAGUAUGAAGGUAAAUGGUCGUUUGAAGAGCCUGAUGACAGUGCAUUGAAAGGAGAUUAUGGCCUUGUGCUUAAGUCCAAAGCCAAACAUCAUGCUAUUUCAACAAAGCUCGACAAAGUUUUUGAAUUUGAAGGGAAACCAUUUAUUGUUCAGUAUGAAGUACGGUUUAAGAAUGGCAUCGAGUGUGGAGGGGCCUAUGUCAAACUGCUGUCAAAGAAUAACAAAAUGGAUCUUAAACAUUUCCACGACAAGACACCGUACACGAUUAUGUUUGGACCAGACAAGUGUGGGAUGGAUCACAAGCUUCACUUUAUAUUUAGGCACAAAAAUCCUAAGACUGGAGCUUUUGAAGAAAAGCAUGCCAAGAAACCAAGUUCCAACAUUGAUGCCUACUUCUCUGACAAGAAAACACAUCUCUUCACACUGAUUGUAAACCCUGACAACACGUUUGAAGUGUACAUUGACCAGAACCUUGUUAACAGUGGAAGUCUCCUGGAGGAUGUCUCACCCCCAGUCAACCCUCCCAAGGAGAUUCAAGAUGUCAAUGAUAAGAAACCCGAUGACUGGGAUGAACGUGAAAAGAUCCCAGAUCCAGAUGCUGAAAAGCCAGAUGAUUGGGAUGAGACUCAGCCUGAGAAGAUUGAGGACCCAGAUGCUGUGAAGCCUUCUGAUUGGCUGGAUGAUGAGAAUGAGCUGAUAUCCGACCCCGAUGCUGAGAAACCAGAAGACUGGGAUGAAGAUAUGGACGGAGAAUGGGAGGCUCCAAUGAUUAGUAACCCUAAAUGCAAGGAAGUGAGUGGCUGUGGAGAAUGGAAAGUGCCCAUGAUAAAGAACCCACUGUACAAAGGCAAAUGGAAGCCUCCUCAGAUAGAGAAUCCAAACUACAAGGGUGUAUGGAAGGCCAGACUAAUCCCUAAUCCAGAUUACUUUGAAGAUUUACAACCUUACAAAAUGACACCUGUAGCAGCAUUAGGCUUGGAGCUGUGGUCCAUGACUGAAGACAUCAUAUUUGACAACUUCCUGGUGACAGAUGACAAGGCCAUAGCUGAUGAAUGGGCUGCUGAUACCUGGGAGGUGAAGCAGAGUGAGGAGAGGGCUCUGAUAGCUUCAGGGAAAAGUUUAGUAGAUGCAGUUGUAGAUGUAACAAAAGACAGACCUUGGCUGUGGGCAGUAUUCCUCAUUGUUAUUGUCCUGCCCAUUGUCCUUAUCAUAGCCUACUGUUGUUUCUCAGGCUCCAAGCCGGAGGAUAUUGCCGCAGCUCAUAAGAAAACAGACAAGUCUUCACCCGAUGAUGUUGCAGAAGAUGAGACAGGGGAGGGAACUGAGGAAGGUGGUGAGGAUGUAGACGCCUCUGGAGAUGCAUCGGGAAGUGCAAAGAAAAAGAAAUCCAGUAAAGCUCAGUUAGAAGAAAACCUGGAGGAUAAUGAAGAAGAUAAUGAAGGAGAUGAGGAGGACGAGGCAGAAGAACAAACAGUCUCUGGUUCACCUAAGAAAUCGCCCAGGAGAAGGAAAGCCAGGAAGGAUUAAGCAUGGAUUCUAUGUAAACAAUCUCUCAUCAUUGUUCCAUCAUCAUGUAGGUGCCUCAUGAUAUUGUCUGGCCUUGAUACAAAACUUGUACUUGGUCCUUGGCAACACUCAUUGAUACAACAGAGUAUAAACUCAUUUGAAGCUUGGAUUUCUAGAAAAAAGAAAAACAAUCUAUGAUAAAAAACAUCAAGAAUCUUCCUUUUGCACAUCGUAGUGAUUGUUUCUUCUGCGUAGCCUCAUUGCCUGGCCUUAAAGUCGUUCAAAUAACAUAAAAUUUGUAUGCUUUACACGCUUCUAUCUCUGGUCGCCAAAGCAAGGAUUAACAGUUGUGUAGACCAUUGCAAAUAUUAAGUAUAGAUAACCUAAUGCGAAUGUUCCGAAAUGGAACUGAUAAUUUCACUAAAUAAAAUUUUGAAAUUAAAGUAAACUAAAGAUGUGCUGAGUGAAAGAAACAAGCAUUCGAUUAGCAAGUGGUUGUGAACAGAAACAUCAUUUGUCAACAUGGAAACAAAUUUUUACGUUCUGCAUGAAUGCUAUUUUUUAAGGGCUGAUUACUUAUCAUCUGCCCUUAUCAUCAGCAAUAAAAAGAUUCAAAGCUUUCCAACAAUACUGCUAGUCUGUAAAGGUAAGGUGUAACUUAUUCUCAUUUCCCAAUUAGUUUUAAGUCACUUGUAAAUGCACAUGUAUUUAUUAUUGUGUAUAUUUUGAUAGCUUCUGUGCAAAUUUCAUUCCUUGGUACCAUUUUUAUAUUCAUUGCUUGGUCAUGUUAUGUUGUCAUAUGUCUGUAACCUCAAAAAUAGCUUGUUAUAUUCAUGAGGUUUACCUGUCUAUAUGAGUAUUUUCCUGCUAUUUGUUCAUAUACCCAACGUUUUAAGAUCUAUACACCAGGAAAAUCAAUGUAAACCAUUCAACCUGGAAAUGACAAUGCAUGUCAUCAGGCUUAUUCUUUUGUUUGUUUUAUUUUUUUUCUUCAGUGUUUGUAUGUUUUUUGCGUGUACAUGUAUAAAGAUACAAGAUUUUGCCUCUAAAAUGCUGAGUGUUUCUAUGUAUGGCUAUGUAUCCUGUGUAGGUUCCAAUAAAGCACAGUGUUAUAUUUCAACACACUGCUGUGUGUUCCAGCACACUACUGUGUGACUCAGUGGUGUUCAUAUCACUGGGAACCAUCAGACAAUCUCUUAAGAACAAGAGACAAAACCAGAAGAGUGGUAAUGUUUGUCAUUGCUUCAUUGUUUAUCGUGUGUUAAAACGCUGAAAGGUUAUUUGUCAUACCAACAAAAUCAAAAUCAAGUUACAUCCUUUGUAAGCAGUUCUAUGUGGAUAUUGAGAUGCCAGAGUUCUGAAACCAUCUGCCCGAUAUAACCACAUAUACCUGUAUUUACCUGAACUAAAACCUAGCUGUUUUGGCCUGUAAAGCUUGAGAGGUGAGAGGGAUGUCUCUGUGAAGGCGAGAUGACUGUGAAGAAAACCCAGGUGUAGAGGAGACUCCUGCAGAUAAUUUGGUUACGUGUAAGAUGCAAGAAGUUUGAGAAGAGAAGAAGGAAAUAGAAAGCUGCUCAGUGAGAUAGUUGACAGUAGAUAGAAUUACGCCAAGCACUACUUUGUAUUGAAUGUCCAUAAUAAGGUAGUCAGACAAAAUGUGAUGAAUUGUUGUUUAUUGUACUCAGAUGGAAUAUACAUUGUAAUAUAUGUAUUCAGCCACAAAAUUUGUUGUGAUAGAUAAUUAUUAAAGGGCAAAUGUAUAAUCUGAUGAUUGUAUUAUGCAACCAGAUAUAAGUGUAUACAAGUGUUCGGAGGGCCUGCCCCCGUUGAUAUUGUUCUAAAAUAAGCCUCUUGUGAAAUCCACAAUGUGUAAACGAUUUAUGUAUCUGGACUAUGAGUAUGUAUGUGUGCAUAUAUGAAAUGUUAAAGGGAGGUAAUUCUUGUGCAGGUCCGAUUUUUUUUUUUUAGUUGAAGUGUACUUUGCUCAGUUUUGUAAUUUUGAAUUUCAUACUAUCACCAGCAGAAUAAUGUCUACAACACAACUUUGCCAUGGAUUGUUAGUUUUAGAAACAAGGUAGUCAUCAAAGACAAUGUCUCUGCCUUGAGAUAAACUUGCUUGUAAUUGAUAAUUAAUGAGUAAGUCAUGGGUCAUUAAAACCUGGGUUUUAAAAUUUUUUUCCGAGUUCUUCUGUAGUGCAUAAUGAUGACAUACAGUUGAGUUGAGGCCCGGAAGGAUUUCGGUCAGCUUCCCUUUGGAUUCCUAACUUCAGCUGAAAAAUAAAUUCUGUUUAUUUAUCAUUUUGAGACAUCUAUUCAGGUGGAAUAAAGAAUUUAUAAAGUGUAUGCGACUGUUGCUGAAUGUUGUGUUUUUCAACAUAUUAGCGCUUCAGCUGGGAUGAAUGUAAAUGUCAGGAUAUUCAUGUACAGUAGUUAGGAUCUUGAAAUUAUAUUAUGUAUUCAGACUUGUGUAAUAAUAAAAGGACUGCAGGUGAUGAUUGUG